AAGCGACGACAUUUAAAAAAAAAAAAAGAAAGAACGAACGAAAGCACCACCACUGCUGCUGCUGCUCCUCCGCUCCGGCUUCUGACGACGACCAGCCACGGACUCUGUUUUAUAAAACCGUUAUUUUUAAAAAGCUUUUUAUCGACCGAUACCUCCUCCUCUACCUCCGCUCCUCGUCCACUGCCAGCCGGCUGACUUUGACGCAGUAUGCCUUCAGAAAAAACCUUCAAACAAAGAAGGACGUUCGAGCAGCGAGUAGAAGAUGUGCGACUGAUCCGAGAGCAGCACCCCAACAAGAUACCGGUGAUCAUUGAGAGAUAUAAAGGAGAAAAGCAGCUGCCCAUCCUGGACAAGACCAAGUUCCUGGUUCCAGACCACGUCAACAUGAGCGAACUGAUCAAGAUUAUCAGGAGGCGCCUCCAGCUGAACUCCAACCAGGCUUUCUUCCUGCUGGUCAACGGCCACAGCAUGGUGUCGGUGUCGGCGGCCAUCUCCGAGGUGUACGAGCGCGAGCGGGACCAGGACGGCUUCCUCUACAUGGUUUACGCCUCCCAGGAGACCUUCGGCGCCGCUGCAGCCGUCGCCCAGUGAACAGCCUUCCUCCUCCUCCUCCUUCCAUCCGGCCCGGCGAUUGGACAAUUGUAAUUUUUAGCCUCCCCUCCUCCUCCUCCUCCUCUCCCCCUGCCGCGCACCUUUUAGUCUCGACUAUAAGAACAAAAAGAAACACAAACUGCUAAAAAAUCCAAACACGGCAUUUCGGUCAUUUUACCUUUAAUAUUACAGAUAGACUGUUUGUGUACCGCCACACUCACCCAGUAGCAAAAAGCCACAAGGGUUGAACCAGAACCGCAGAGUUUUUAGGUAGAGAAACCCCCGAAGUCUGACGAUGACUCAGGCCAAUAGAGUCUUUCAGUGUGUGUUGCUUCGUCCUCUCUGGUCAAAUCCCGCCACGUACACGGUGGCGACAGUUCUGUUCAGUGUUGUGCUGUCUCCUAGGCUGUAUUUAUGUUAAUGUAUAUAUACACAUUUCAGGUAGUGAUGUUACGUACAGGUGGUGAGGCUCCACCACUUAUAUCUAUCUAUAUCUAUAUAUACAUUAGAUAAUGAACAAAGCCAGCCUUAGAGUUAAGGUUUUCGGAGACGAGGGCACUAGAGAGAGAGAGAGAUUGUUUUUAAAUCGAGGGUUUUUACUGCAGUUGCAGAUGUUACGCUUAAGGAUUUCUUUUUUUCUUUUUUUUUUUUGCCAGAGACAUUUUAAAAACUAAGUGUUAAUCAGCGCAUCUCUGCUGUGUGUCUCGUCACAUUCCCUCCCCUCCUCCAUGGUCCUCCUUCGGUGUUUUUAAAUCCCUCCCUGCCUUGUAGCCUAAAAGCAUCUUCACUGUAACAGGAA